CGUUUUAGUCACUUCCGGGGCGGAUCGGAAGUUGCUUUGUUUUGCUUCAAGAUGGCUGCGGGGAUGUAUUUGGAACAUUAUCUGGACAGUAUUGAAAACCUCCCCUUUGAAUUACAGAGAAACUUUCAGCUUAUGAGGGACCUUGACCAAAGAACAGAGGACCUGAAGGCUGAAAUUGACAAGUUGGCCACUGAGUAUAUGAGUAGCGCCCGCAACCUGAGCUCCGAGGAAAAAUUGGCCCUUCUCAGACAGAUCCAGGAAGCCUAUGGCAAGUGCAAGGAAUUUGGUGACGACAAGGUGCAGCUUGCCAUGCAGACCUAUGAGAUGGUUGACAAACAUAUUCGACGACUGGACACAGACCUGGCCCGUUUUGAGGCUGAUUUGAAGGAGAAACAGAUCGAGUCAAGUGACUAUGACAGCUCUUCUAGCAAAGGCAAAAAGAAAGGCCGGACUCAAAAGGAGAAGAAAGCUGCCCGUGCACGUUCCAAAGGGAAAAACUCGGAUGAAGAAGCACCCAAGGCUGCCCAGAAGAAGUUAAAACUUGUGCGCACAAGUCCUGAGUAUGGGAUGCCCUCAGUGACCUUUGGCAGUGUCCAUCCCUCUGAUGUGUUGGAUAUGCCUGUGGAUCCCAACGAACCCACCUAUUGCCUUUGUCACCAGGUCUCCUAUGGAGAGAUGAUUGGCUGUGACAACCCUGAUGUGAGAACCUUUUACCUCAGGAUGUGGGGUUCUGAGGGACAUGAAAGGAGUGGGUUUAAAAUGGGAGAGCCAUGGUUGAAGAAUGGGACUUCAGAAUAAAAGACAAUGACUGAAAGUAGGGCAUUGGUGGCAUGCAUCUGUAGUCCCAACUACUUAGGAAGCUGAAGCAGGAGGAUCACUUGAGCCCAGGAGUUCAGGGCCAGACUGGGUAACAUAGUGAGACCCAGUCUCAAAAACAAAAACAAACAAACAAACAAAAAAAAAACAGUGAAUGGAUAUGAGUGGCCUUAGGCCUUCCAGAAAGUCUCCAGAGGGAUGGGAUAAAGGCACACUCCUAAAGAAUCUUUGCGAGGGCUUUCUUUGCACCGCCCAGUCUUCUAACUACUGCGUCUUCCUUUUCCAGUGUUCCAAUUGAGUGGUUCCACUUGCCUGUGUGGGACUGACAACCAAGCCUCGGGGGAAAUGGUUUUGCCCGCGCUGUUCCCAAGAACGGAAGAAGAAAUAAUAAGGGCCUUGGAUUCCAACAGUUUCUUCCACAUCCCCUUACCUGGGCUAGUGGGCAAAGAAAUGCCUGUGUUGGGGCAGUGGGGUUCAGGGAGAAGUGGAUGGUACAGUAUCAUCAUCAUUCCUUCUCUUUCCCUCUCCCCAUUUGCGGUGCUGAGGCUGCAUUCAAACCCUGGUAGGGAGGGGUGCUGCAACCACUAACGGUAUGUGUUCUCAUUCUGCCCUCCCCCUCAUUGGCAAGUAAGCUUGCCCGCUGUCCUUUUGCCUCCAUGCUGAGGUUGGUGCUGUAUUCAGAGGGAGGGUCCUCUUAAUUUCCCUUGCUUGUGUAUUUGAAGACUGGGGAAGUAGCAUAGGGCACUCUGGCCCCCUUAAUUUUCCUCCCCUACCCUGUGGGGAGCUAGGUGUGAUAAACUUUCUCCAUUCUCUUCCUGUUUUUUCAUGGUGGGGAUCCCCCGGAUCAUUUGGGCUGUGGCCUCAUUGAAAGGGGCACCCCUUCCUCUGUGCCAAGGGGAUUCAUCCUGGCCUGAAAUGGGAGAGGGGGCAAGGUGGAAUACAGAUAACUCACAUGUAAAAGGAGCCUGGGUAGUAAAUAAAAGCUAUAUGUGUUGG